AUGGCAAAUUUGAUAAACGGAGAGUAUGUUUUGUAUGAUUCUUUAACACAAGAAGAAACAUUGUCUUUAAGAAAUAAAUGUAUAGAAGAUAUUUUAGAAAAUAAUGGUUUAAUGUGUCAAAUACCAGGUUGUUUAGCAGCCAUUUUAUGCCUAAAAGUAGAAAAUCAAGAUGAAUCGUUUUGUUCUGAUAAAAUUAUCAAAUUAAUAGAACUUUUUCUAGUUAAAAGCAAAACACAUAAAUUAUUUUACGGAAGUUUUAAAGAGAAUGAAAUACAACAAGUUUAUGACUUAAUAAAUAAUUCAAAUGUAGAUAUUAAUUAUGAUGAUAUUGAUAUUUAUCUGCUGGGUCAAACAUUUAUUAAAAUUGUUAGAGACAACAGUAUUCCACUUUUGCCUAAUGCCGUGAAUGAAGAGUUAUUUGAUGCAUAUGUUAAUUAUAAUCCAAUAAAACAGAAGAAGAUCAUAAAACGAGUGCCAUUUAUUGUAAAUAGUAGAAAUAGAAUAUUUUUAAUUCUUCUGCAAAAUCUUUUUAAAAAUAUAGAAAAAAAGAAGAAAUUUAGUGGUACCUCUAAAAAUGAUUUACUACACAUUUUUGGACCUAUUGUUUUUAAAGGCAAUCUUUAUAAAAAACAGGUCCAUGGAUAUCAUAGGAUGGUUAUUUUGGAAGAUGUUCUAAAUACAGACAUGUUGAAAGUUGAUAAAAAUAUCAUCUAA